UAGUUUUUCUUUUCAUUUACUUAUAAAUAGCCCAAUUCACUUCCAUUUCAAUACAUCUUUUCACAUUAAAACAAUUUCCCCACAAAAUCAUAACAUAAAGAAAUGACACAAAAAGAUGUUUUGUCUCUCCUUCCUUUUAUCAUGUUCUUGUUGAUUAAUGGACAAGGAAGCUUUGCCCGAUAUAUCAAACUUCAACAAGAGAAUGUAGAAGAAAUACAAGCUGACCAACCUUACCUUGAUGGUUGGCUCAAAAAUCCAUUGAAGAGUCAAAAACACAUUGCUAAUUCUAACCAAGUUUAUCUUGAUGGAUGGUUGAAAGAUACACGAGCAGAGAAAACCAAAUCCUCCCAGGACUCUGAUCAAGUUUAUCUUGAUGGAUGGUUGAAAGAUACCAGAGCAAAGAAAGCAAAAGACACCUCUGAAUCCAACCAAGUUUAUCUUGAUGGAUGGUUGAAAGAUACUCGAGAUGAGAAAGCAAAAUCUACAGGUGACACCAACCAAGUUUAUCUUGAUGGAUGGUUGAAAGAUAUCAGAGCUGAGAAAGAAAAGUCAAUAUCUAACUCCAACCAAGUUUACCUUGAUGGAUGGUUGAAAGAUACCAGAGCAAAGAAAGCAAAAUCCACCUCUGAAUCCAACCAAGUUUACCUUGAUGGAUGGUUGAAAGAUACCCGAGUUGAAAAAACAAAACCUGCAAGUGACUCCAACCAAGUUUAUCUUGAUGGAUGGUUGAAAAAUAUCAGAGUCGAGAAAGAAAAGUCCAUGCCUAACACCAAUCAAGUUUACCUUGAUGGAUGGUUGAAAGAUACCCGAGCAGAGAAAACAAAAUCCACCUCUGACUCCAAACAAGUUUACCUUGAUGGAUGGUUAAAAGAUACCCGAGCUGAGAAAGAAAAAUCUACCUCUGACUCCAACCAAGUUUACCUUGAUGGAUGGUUGAAAAAUACCCGAGCAAAGCAAACAGAAACCAUGUCUGACUCCAACCAAGUUUACCUUGAUGGAUGGUUGAAAAAUACUCGAGCGAAGCAAACAAAAACCAUGUCUGACUCCAACCAAGUUUACCUUGAUGGAUGGUUGAAAAAUAUUCGAAAUGAGAGAACAAAAUCUACCCCUGACUCCAACCAAGUAUACCUUGAUGGGUGGUUGAAAGAUACCCGAGUAGAGAAAACAAAAUCCACCUCUGAUCCCAAACAAGUUUAUCUUGAUGGUUGGUUGAAAGACACUCGAGCUGAAAAAGAAAAAUCCUCCUCUGAUUCCAACCAAGUUUACCUUGAUGGAUGGUUGAAAGAUAUUCGAAACGAGAGAACAAAAUCUACCCCUGACUCCAACCAAGUAUACCUUGAUGGAUGGUUGAAAGAUACUCGAGCAGAGAAAACAAAAUCCACCUCUGAUCCCAAACAAGUUUAUCUUGAUGGUUGGUUGAAAGACACUCGAGCUGAAAAAGCAAAAUCCUCCUCUGAUUCCAACCAAGUUUACCUUGAUGGAUGGUUGAAAGAUAUUAGAGCAAAAUCCACCCCUGACUCCAAACAAGUUUACCUUGAUGGAUGGUUAAAAAAUACCCGAAACUAGUUCAUAUCUUUGUUAAUCAAUAUCUAUGUCAUUUUAAAAACUUUUCAUGUUGUUCCUAUGUUUUUAAUCUCUAUGUUCCGUAAGAUCUUAUUUCUAUGUAUUAAGUAAGAUCUUGUUUGUGUACUAAACAAGUUAUCAUUUCAAUGAACUAGUUGUUUGUGUUUUAAAAUAAA